UGGUGCCUCACAGUUUAGUGGAUCACGGGUGUAUCAGUAUGUACAGAUCUACUGUUUGAGCACAAACCCUGCUCAGAAAGCAUCUUCCGAGCUAGCUAAAUGAUAAAUACAGGCCGAUUUUUGUUGAAAGAGUUUACAUCAAGCUAUCAAAGUGCGCUGUCAGUUGUUAAGGAUCUUUAUUGCAUACGGUGAUACGAACGUUGUAACUUGGAAACUUAUCCAGAGACUACUUCACAUACUCCCGGUACCCCUUUUUAUUGAUCGCUUGAACGGCCAUUUCAGGAUUGAAUCAAUGGAUUCUAGCGCUCAACCGAGUCAACUCGUCGUGGUUCCCAACGCAGAAGGCGAAACAUCGGCAGUACUAGGAUGGGACAACCUGGAGAUUGACGGAACGUUCCUGAUGAAAUUACCGUACCACAACUCUCUCAUCACGGUAUUCCAAAAAAACCUAACACUCCACGGGAAAACUGUUGUGCAGUACGUGUACACGCCACUUCUCCUGCUACAACCGGAAACUGCUCGAAUCCAAACCCAUCCGGGAACCGGAGCGCAUAUGGUGACGUUUGAAAUCUUGCUGCGGGAUCUGCGGGUUGAAAAGUACAUACGCGAUCAGCUGAAAACGGACAUGAACGUAGAUGUCGGUCUGGGCAGCGUCGUACCGGUACCGAUCCGUAACAUCCGUCUCAAGUCACUCGAACCAUCGCCACUGUACACGGUGGACACGGCGUGGCGUAACAACGCAUCCAGUCGCCGGACGGUGACGUUCCGCCUGUUUUGUACGGAGGCGGCCAACUGUGAAACAGUCCGCAAGUGCAUUACCGAGGAACCGGACUGGCUGGUCGACAAUCUUGUUGUGCAGUGCGAUGUACAAUCGCAGAAAAGUGUCCGGCGCACCAUCAACGUUACCGCCGAACAUGUACGUACAACCGGCUUAAUCAGCAAACUGGAGCAGCAGUUUCCGGGACGUGAUGUUAUCUAUAUGAAGUCGGACGAUGCCAAGCAGCUAGCACUGGAUAUCAAGACGAAUAUAGUGGCAUCGGAAAUUACAGACGGUGAAUUUGUCAGUACCGAUGCGUCAUUAAGCCUCAUGCCGCUGGUGGAUUCGGUGUUGAGUCUGGAGAAUGUCGACACAAAACAGUUCUCAUCGGAAAUGUGGAGUUCAACCUUCUGGCACGACGACAAUGCUCGACCGGAUAAAAUUGCGCGGACGCUAAACGAAGUGUACGAUAAAAGCGAUAGCCAGACUAAAGCGUUAAUGCGAAAUGAACUGGCGGAAGCGUCCAAGUCGUUCGACAAAAAUAACGCGUCUAAUGAAGCGCACUUUACCUUGAGCCAAAAAGAUAGCGAAAAAACGACUUAUGACAAAGAGGAUGACUCCGCAUCCAAAUGGAAUUUCAGUGCAGAAGCCAAGAUAUUGAAAUUCGGCGGGAAAACAAGCAUGGGUGGCGAGAGUAGCCAUCAAGAAAAACUCGGCACAAGUCACUCGAAAGAUGCAGACUUCGGGGGCUCGUUGCGUACAGCUAACGCCCAUGCAGAAGAGCAUAGUAAAGAUGCGUCAAAAAGCAGCAGGAACGAAGACGACCGACUAAAUAACCUCCUUAAAGAGGCAAAGGACGUUGCCCACUGGGAAGGGGAAAGAUUCGUUCCCAAGCCAAUGAAUCUCAGCCGGCUUAACAUGGCCAAAUUAAAGUCAUCCAACACUCUUCAAACUGCACAGAUACAGAUCACGCGCACUACAAACAUUCUGGAGAGCAACAUCAACGUUCCGGAUGCUGCAAAUCCCAGCGGUAUUGUUCAGCCGUCGUCGUCAGUGUCGGAGCAGGCAGAAGACAUUCCGUCGGGGCAACCACGAUAUCUGGACCAGAUCAUCCUAUCCAGUGGACACAUGACCCCUGGCAAGCCGGACAUUUACGAAGUGAAAUUAGAGAAAUUUGCCGUUAAUGCAGAACUGAAGCUGCAGCGAUAUCGUGCCGGAACCAAGCCACAACCGGCUGUUCUUAAAAAGGUCAAGGUUAUGCUACUGGUAGGACCCACCGGAUCUGGAAAGACCACCUACAUCAAUGCCGUGUGUAACGUAUUUUUUGGCGUGACGUUUCGCGAUCGAGCGCGUCUGAAGCUGAUUGUAGAGCACCGGAAACAGACCCAAAGCGUGACAGACUGCGUUACCGCCUAUGAAUUGUACACCAAUUACGAUAGUCCUUGUCCAUUUAACCUGGUUCUGAUUGACACGCCGGGUUUCGGCCACACGGACGGCGUGGCCUCGGAUGGCAAAAUUACCGCGCAGUUAAGCGAACUAUUUAGCAGCGACAACCCGAUUUUCUGUGAUAUUCAGGAUAUUGAUGCGGUCGGCAUUGUGAUGCAGAGUGGCGAAAAGCGCUUGACACCCACACAAAUGUACGUCAUUGACUGCGUUCUGUCUGUCUUUGGAAAGGACUUCGAAAAGAACAUCAUUCUGCUAUGUACCCACGCGGAUACCACUUCGAGCGAGCCGAAUUUGCUGGCCGCCAUGAAUGAGUACAGAGUACCGUAUGGGCGUUAUUAUAAACUGAACAACUGCUCCUUAUAUGCCGAUAACACCGGGGAAAAUGGAGCCCGCAACAAACCGUAUUGGGAUGAUACCCGCAGAAGCAUCGUGCAGCUAUUUGAUUAUCUUGGGCAGAUUGAGCCGCAGAAUAAAACCCUGACGCAUAACGUCUUAAGGCAACGUAAUGCGCUGGAGACGGCCGUGGCUUCUCUUAACAAGCAAGUACAGCAAGGCUUGGGCAAAAUGGAAAAACUACGCAAAGAAAAGAGUAUAAUUGAAGAUAGUCAGGCACAUAUGGAGGUCAAUGCGAACCACACCAGAACAGUACCGGAUGUACGGCCAACUCGAGUACCUCUGAUAGCUGGCGAAUACGUUACCAACUGCACUCGAUGCCUAAUUACGUGCCAUCACAUGUGCAUCUACCCCAACAACGAGGACAAGGCAAAAUGCUCGGCUAUGAACCCCAGCGGAACGUGUAACAACUGCCAGUGCCACUGGAAAGUGCAUGAGAAUGCCGGUUAUCGUCACCACUAUGAAACAGUGCAAGUGGAAAAAACAUUUGAGGACAUUAAGGCACUGUACGAGAAAGCUUCGGGCACAAAGCUAACCGCUGAAGGUGUAUUCCGCGCCGUGCGUCGGGAUAUGAUUGACACCCGCAAGAAUAUCUUACAGUUACUGAUUACAUGCAAUAGAUGCCAUAACCAACUGUCAGAGAUUGCUCUUCGCCCAAACCCCACGUCCACAGUGCAAUACAUCGAGGUCCUUAUCAAUUCGGAGAACCUAAACCGACGUCCUGGUUUCGAGGAGCGCAUUUCCACUCUGGAAGAGCUGAAACAGCUAGCUGCUAGAAUCACAGAUCUUGGAGCAGAUCCCGAGAAAGUCCGAAAAGAAAUAGAGGAGAGCCUUAAUUUUGAUUCAUUGUAACGUCGCCCUUGCACUUGGUUGGCCAGCCGCAUAAGACUUCCGGCGAAAAUUUAUGACAGCAUAACCGCUUAAAUAAUCAUUAAACGCAUACUAGUACUGACAUCGUGAAUUAUUUACUUUACAGGCUUUUUAACGUUUAACGUUUUUUAACGUUUUUUAUCGUAUUUCUACAUAUAUGUUAGCGUAACGUUUUAGGCUUUUUUGAAUAUCCAAAGCGCACUUUCGGUGUUUCGGUAUUUAGGCAUUUGCUAUGCAGUUCCUUAUUGUGGAUGAUACAAUGUGGCAUGGUACCACUCGUAUACUGUAUCUUUAUUAAAUUUAUUGGAA